GCCGUCCCAAGGAGCACCAGGCUGAGGACAGUCUGGUUCCGGAAGAUGAUCACUCUCCUCAUCUGCCUCCUCCCUCAAGGAGGAGCCGCCACACCAAGCGAAAGACAGACCACCGCAUCGAGAACCAGCUGGUUCCAGUCUUUGCCCGGAUGAGUCUGGAGGAGGUCUCCAGGUCUGAUGCUUCUGCUUCUGCUUCUGCUGCUGCUGCUGCUGAUGUUGCUUCAGAGAAUCAGGAGGCUUCUACACAGAAAGCCCAGGAGUGUUCUCGCAAGAGGAAGCUCGGUGAUCUGAAGCAGGAGUUGAGCAACAAGCAGCGCAAGGUGGAAGCCUCCCGUCAGGAACUCCAGGCCAUCAUUGACAGGAAGCUGAAGGAGCUGAGACAGGAGAUGGUGGAGCUGAAACAGGAGGUGAAGGAGAGGGAGAGGAAGGAGAGGGCAGCCUUCCAGGUUACCAUGGAUACACAGAGUGGCCGACGCAAGGUGUGGAGGAGAAAGCAAGGCAACUCCUCUGCACAGAAGACGUCCACCCAGCCACGCCCACUAAAGAGACUGCCUGACAACUCCCAUCAUUCAGGGAGCACCGAGGCAGCCUCGCAGUGACACUUCAGUGGUAAGUUGGAGUGUGCAUGUUAGCAUUAAUAUUGUUGAAAGAUGGAUAGGUAUACAAGUAGGUGUCUGUACGUAGUAGAGUGGAUGGUUCUAUUUAUGGUUGGGUGAAAUUAGAAAUUGUGGGUGAGUGAGAAUUUGUAUGUCUCAGGUUGAGUAGAUGAGUUUUUUAUGGUGGUACGCUUGGUUGGAUGUAGAA